UUUAAGAUUCGCAACUUUGGUUACAAUUUUGGUGAUUUCAUCCGUCUGAUAUUCAAAAGUGCUGCCGACACCGUUCUUGAGGCAACCGGCGGCUCGUCGUGUGAGGUCUGUGGUAGUUUCUAAAGGCAGUUGCAAGUGGCCCCCGGUGACCUCUUCUGAGACAACUCGGCAAGGCUUUGCUGUCCCGAGCCAAACCAACAAAGAGCCAGCCAUGUCGUCGACAUCACAAAAACACCGCAACUUUGUCUCCGAGCCGAUGGGAGAGAAGGCGGUUACAGACCUUGCUGGCAUCGGCGAGGUCCUUGGCAAGCGCCUAGAACAGAAAGGCUUUGACAAAGCCUACGUUGUCCUUGGGCAAUUCCUAGUGCUCAAGAAAAACAAGGACAUCUUUGUGGAUUGGAUGAAAGACAUCUGUGGUGCCAACAACAAGCAAGCGACCGACUGCUACCAAUGUUUAUACGACUGGUGUGAUGAGUUCUUGUGAACGUUGGACAAUGCCAACUGACAGACUGUAAAUACCAAGGGGACCUUUCUUGGUUGUUCUAGGACACCUAUCUCCCAGUGUCUACAAGAAUUUUUUUUUAAACUUUCCUGUGUUUUAUUUCGCUAAUAAAAUAUUUUAUUUCCUGCUUUUAA